UCCGAACAUCUUCACCGCCACCUUUUUCCCAUUCCCUCUCAGAUUCGCCGCCGCAAAAGAUCCACCGAAAUCAACUCGGGUUCCAAAUCCUUCUCAAUUUUAUACUCAGAGGCAAAGCGAUUCCGAAUCAUAUCCAGAUGGGCUUUUUUGAGUAAAAGAAUAGGUCGUCCUUUUUUUUUUUUCUUUUUUUGGUUUUUAAUUCGUACUAGUUGCCAUAUAUCAUGGCUUUGGAGAUUUUCUGAGUUGAAAUUUCGUGCAAAGUCGACUCCUUUUCCGACUAUUCAGCCUAAUUUGGCCGUUCGGAAUCAUACGCAGUUAGGGUUUUGAGCAAAAUUGGGUUUGAGGAUUUACCCUCGGGAUGAUAUCGAUCAUUUUGAUUCUCAGGUCGUUGGCAUUAGUGAUUUGUUUGAGCUCAAAGUUGUCUCCUUUUCCGACGAUUUAGCAACGGGUUUCAAGUAAAAAUUUAGGUUUUUGCGGUUUAAUCUUGGGAUGCUACCAAUGCAUGAUCUCUAGGUUUCCCUAAUCUGGAUUCUUGAGGAGUAAUGUUGUCGUUCAAACCGCCGAGAUGCUCGUGGUCUUUGGCGUUGACCGUUGGCUCUCUGGUGGCGUUGGUUUCGGCCGUUCAUGUGUUCUUCACCCCUUUGUUCCCUUCUUCCUCUUCUUCCCUCCAGUUCUUUCGUGGUGGUUGGGGCAAACCUUGCUCGCCGGUGAAUGGAUCGUCGGGUUGCAAAAUCGAGCGGUUGGAUGGUGAUUCGCUGUUGGGCCCAGAUCUCGAGGCUCAGUUUCCAGCCGAUUCUUAUGGUGCAGUGAUUUACCGUGGUGCUCCAUGGAAGGCUGAGAUCGGAAGGUGGCUUUCUGGUUGUGAUGCAGUCUCAGCUGCCAUUGAUGUUGUUGAGAACAUAGGUGACAAGAGCUGCGUGAACAAUUGCAGCAGACAGGGUGUGUGCAAUCAGGAAUUGGGAGAAUGCAGGUGCUUUCAUGGAUAUGCUGGGAAAGGAUGUGAGGAAGUGUUGCAGUUGGGCUGUAAUCUUCCACUGUCUCCAGAGCAGCCAUUUGGGCCAUGGGUAGUUUCAAUAUGCCCGGCCUAUUGUGACACAACUAGAGCAAUGUGUUUUUGUGGGCAAGGAACGAAGUAUCCAAACCGUCCUGUAGCAGAGGCUUGUGGAUUCAAAAUAAUCCCACCCUCUGAACCUGGUGGCCCUAAACUAACUGACUGGACAAAAGCUGAUUUUGAAAAUAUUUUCACAACCAAUGGUAGUUUGCCUGGUUGGUGCAAUGUAGAUCCCCAGGAUGCAUAUUCUGCCAAAGUGAAAUUUAAAGACGAAUGUGAUUGUAAGUAUGAUGGUUUAUGGGGGCAGUUUUGUGAGAUACCCUCAGUAUGCAGCUGUCUUAACCAGUGCUCUGGGAAUGGACAUUGCCGUGGUGGGUUUUGUCAGUGUAAUAGUGGGUAUUAUGGGAUAGACUGCAGCAUUCCAUCAGCAACAUCACCCAUACAAGAAUGGCCUGCAUGGCUUCGACCAUCAAAAGUUGAUAUACCGGAUAUAACAAAUUCGGCUGGUGGGUUUAUGAAUAUGAAAGCUGUUGUUAAAAAAAGAAGACCACUCAUUUAUGUUUAUGAUCUACCACCAGAAUUCAACAGUCACCUUCUAGAAGGCCGACAUUUCAAGUUCCAAUGUGUAAACAGAAUAUACACCGAAAACAACAGAACCUUUUGGACUGAUCAGUUAUAUGGCGCACAGACGGCACUCUAUGAGAGCAUUUUGGCUAGUCCUCACCGAACAUUAAAUGGUGAGGAAGCUGAUUUUUUUUAUGUACCUGUACUUGAUUCAUGCAUAAUAACAAGAGCAGACGACGCACCACACCUUUCCAUGCGGACUCAGGAACACAUGGGUCUGAGGAGCUUUUUCACUCUAAAUUUCUACAAGAAGGUUUAUGAUCAUAUAGUUGAGCAGCAUCCGUACUGGAACCGUUCUUCUGGAAGAGACCAUAUAUGGUUCUUUUCAUGGGAUGAAGGUGCCUGCUAUGCUCCUAAAGAAAUUUGGAACAGCACGAUGCUAGUUCAUUGGGGAAACACAAACACAAAACAUAAGCACUCAACAACAGCUUAUUGGGCUGAUAUCUGGGAUCAGAUUCCUUUAGAUAAAAGAGGCGAUCAUCCUUGCUUUGACCCUGAGAAGGAUAUCGUGCUUCCAGCGUGGAAAAGGCCUGAUCCAGGUGCCAUAUGGUUAAAACUGUGGGCAAGGCCCCGUAAGGAGCGUACAACACUCUUCUAUUUCAAUGGUAAUUUAGGACCUGCCUAUGAAAAUGGUCGGCCAGAAGAAACGUAUAGUAUGGGUAUAAGGCAGAGACUAGCCAAAGAAUUUGGUUCCACACCUAAUAAGAAGGGAGAGCUUGGGAAACAGCAUACUCCCAAUGUCACAGUGACUCCAUUAAGAUCCUCUAGGUAUUAUGAGGAAAUUGCUAGCUCUCUUUUUUGUGGGGUUUUGCCUGGGGAUGGUUGGAGUGGCCGCAUGGAAGACAGUAUUCUUCAAGGGUGUAUUCCUGUGAUAAUUCAGGUACAGAAAGCUUUCCUUGUUUCUGCGCUGUCUUCAACUGAGGAUGGGAUUUUCCUUCCAUAUGAGAAUGUGCUCAACUACAAGAGUUUUGCUGUUCGAAUACAAGAAGAUGAUAUUCCAAACUUAGUCAAAAUACUUCGGGCGAUUAACGAAACAGAAAUAGAGUUCAUGUUGGCAAAUGUACGCGGGAUCUGGCAGAGGUUCUUAUACCGUGACUCCAUUUUACUUGAGGCUGAGAGGCAGAAGAAAGUGUUUUCUAAGGAGGAUGAUUGGUCCGUGGAGUUAUCAAAGCUGGGAAAAGAAGAUGAUGUCUUUUCCACGUUCAUACAGGUAUUGCAUUAUAAAUUGCAUAAUGACUCUUGGAGGCGACAUUUCUCUCGACAGAAAAAGGAUUCUGGGCUGCCAAAGGCUUGCUUCAGAACCAAUUGAUGCACAGAUGAGGAGUUUUUGCAGGGUGAUUUUAUGUGCGAUAUGGGAAAAAAAUGUAUGGAGACCCCCUAAACUAUAUUUCGUUAUCGAAUGGCCCCCUUAACUUCAUUUUUCUUGAUUGACACUCCCUUUAACUUUUGAUUUUUUGGAAUUGAGUGAUUUUAGUCAAAAUAAUUUGGAAUUUUAUCAAAUUCACUGAAGAUUGCACCACAUUUAAUGGUUUUAAUAAACUUUGUAGCAAAUAACAUUGGAAUAUUAACAAAUUUUUUUGAAAUUAACAAAUCGGAAUAGUUCAAAUAAAAAAUAAACUUACAAGUGAAAGAUGUUUGCAUGAAAAAGAAGUAUUGAGGGGCGUAGUUUAGAAUGACUUAUAGUUGAGGGGGUCACAGUACCUAAAAUUUGUUGCCCAGCUAAGGCGAUGGGAAAACAGAGAACAGUUUUUUUUAUUUUUUUUUUUUGGGUCCAUAUUUGAGAGAUUAAUUUUCUUUUUCGUUUUUUUUUGUUUUAUUUCUGUAGAAUUUAGCAUUCUUUGGUGAUUGUUAUAAAUAUGUUUAUAUUUAGUGAGACGCUUGCUGUUUAUGUGUUU